AUGGAUGUCAAACUAACACAACCUGUUCCGCUCAUACCUCCUCCUCCUCGCUUAGAGAGGAUCGGAGAUAAGCGCAAGGUCCAGAAAAAGGGGGUAAAUCCUUUGCUUUCACUGUUUGCGGGAAGUAUCGCUGGUGGCGUUGAAGCUGCGGUAACGUAUCCCUUCGAGUUUGCGAAAACACGUUCGCAGCUACACAGUAAGGCUCCUGGUCAGCAAGGGAUAGUUCAACUUGUGAGAGAUGUGAUAAAGUCGGAAGGUUACACUGGGCUGUACACCGGAUGCUCAACACUUGUGGUGGGAACUGCAUUCAAAGCCGGGGUACGGUUUUUAACAUUUGACUCUAUUAAGAAUGCGCUAGCAUCAGAAGAUGGUAAACUUUCGCCGCUGAGAGGGCUUCUUGCUGGUAUGGUGGCUGGUGCUGUAGAGAGUAUUGUUGCUGUAACGCCAACUGAGCGGAUCAAAACAGCUUUAAUUGAUGAUGCUAAAGAAGCGCGGCAGUUCAAGGGUACUAUUGAUGCAACGAAGUCCUUGAUCAGAACAGGUGGAUUGCAGAAUCUAUAUAAGGGCCUAGCUUCCACAACUAUGAAGCAAUCCGCAACCUCUGCGGUCAGAAUGGGCUCCUAUAAUGUUUUGCGAGAGAAGUGUAAGACCUACGGAAUGAAGCAGAAUACAGCAACCACAUUCGCGACUGGUGCCUUGGCUGGUACAAUCACAGUCUAUGCUACCCAGCCAUUCGACACAAUUAAGACACGCUCACAGAGUGCAGCUGGAGCUUCUACGUUGCAAGCAUUCAGAAGUGUUAUCAAAGACUCGGGAGCCAUGGGCUUCUGGAGGGGAAGUACAAUGCGUUUAGGUCGUCUAGUACUCAGUGGAGGCAUUGUGUUUACAGUGUACGAACAGAUUGUUUCAAUAGUUACUGCAGCAAGGCAAAAAGAGGCAACGAAGAAGUUUUAA